AUGUCAAAUGAACCAGAAAAAAUUCCUUUAAUUGUAUAUGAUUAUGAGAAAACUGAAUAUGUAAGUAAAAUUACUGAAUAUUGCAUAUUUAAUGUACUCGAGGAAAUCAAAUUUACCGAAGAAUGUAAAAAAUAUGUAAAAGAAAUUAUAACAAUAUUAGAAAAUACAAAAGGAGUUGUUUUUGAUAAAGAAUAUGAUAUUGAAUCUAUUAAUAAUGAUAGAGACAAAGAUAUUUUUGUAUCUUAUAAAGAUUUUAAAAUUAUUGUUCGUUGUAAAUAUAGAAACUUAAAAAACAUAGGGUAUAAUGAAAUUGGUGAUUUUGAUUCUCUUAUAACAACAUAUCAUAAAGAUCAUAUAAGUUUUAUGGUUACGAAUAAGAAAUAUUCUAAGAAUGCCAGAACUGAAGCAAAAAACAUGAAUAUUAUUUUAUGUCAAACAAGUAAUUUGAUUAAGAAUAUAAAAAAAGAAAUCAAAUUACGAAAAAAAAUGGUUGAUGAAAAAAAGAAAGUUUCUAAUGAAGUUAUGGUUGAAAUUCAAAUUAAUAAAAAGAUUAAACUUGAAUUUUCACAUUUACCAAUAGAAAUUGUUGAAGAAAUAAUAAAAUAUUAUACACUUGAAACAUAUGAUGAAUUAUUAGAAAAUCAUAAUCAAAACAAAAUAAAUUCAAAAUAUAAAGAAAAUUUCGAUAUUCUACGUUUAGUAAAUAAAGAUUUUAAAUAUAUCUUUGAAAAAUAUUUUAUUUCUUUAUUUUCUUUACAAUUCCAUAAAGAAAUUAUUAUUGAUAAUUAUAAAUUAUUAUUAAAAUUUAUUGAAUUACAUAUUGAUACUCAUGACUUUACAAAAGUCUUUAAUUUUUUCUAUGAAAAACAAGUAAAAUCUUUAACUUUUUGGGAAAUUUUAAUAUUGAAUGGAUGUUUAAUCGAUUCAGAAUAUUAUAAUAUAACAGAAUUUUUUAUACAUAUUAAAUGUUUUCAUUAUUUUAACAUAAAUUCUCCAAAUAAAAUGUAUGUUAAAAAUGUUUGGUGUGGUUGUGAUCGUAUAUUAACUAAAAAAUUUGAUGUUUAUUCUGGGUUUUUAGAAUCACAGAUACAAUAUGAAAACCCUGAUCAACUUAUUGAUUUUUAUUAUGAAACUUGGUGUGAAAAUAGUUGUUUUGAUAAUUAUUAG